CUAUUUUUUCAGUAGUUGUGUGGUUUCAUUUUUUGCUUAUGAUCUCGUCGUUGAAUUGUUCGGUUUUCGUUCGGUUCAAUCAAGCUUCAGCACGCGCUCGUCACCACACCAAGUUCUGUCCUGUUCGAUCGUGCUUGAAUGGAAACGGUGGACGCGUAGGUGUCUUCAACACCUUGAGCCAAACCAUGGCAGAUAUCGUACCAGUUCCAUCUAGCCGCCGUGUGCGAUAGAAUAACUUAGAUCUGGUCGCUUCUGAAAGCCUGUUAGCGAUAGAUCUCUGCCUGAGGCUUGUUGCGUCCCAGAGACGAUAUUUUUUUGAAAGUGACAGUUGUGGUUAACCUUAGAAGACAAAGACGCAUUUGAUAGGCUAUGCGGUAUAUACUUUGAAGUGGGAUAAAUAAGAGAUUAGAUCAUUAAAAUCUGAUUUGCAUAGUGGAUUCUUGCAUAUUUCUAGGAUUUUUAAGCUCAAACAGAACUGGACUGGAGCUGUGGUAUUCACCAGCAAUGUUAGUUGACAUGAUCGUGAUCUUCGCUUGUACGAUUUCUUCACCUUGAACGAAAGUAAAUCCUCAUAUUUGAAGUGCUGUGUCAUUAUAUUCAACAUUGCAGUGCUUGAGCCGUGUUGUGUUAUAAAACGAAAUUUCUUGUUACACGUAUGAUUUCAUCCGCCACCGGAACUUGCCCAACAAGAGACGUCACUGUAUCGUGUGCCAUUAAUCAUUAGCAGUGUUCGUUCACAAGUGUGUAUGUGUGUGAGGUGAGAGCUUCCGCGCGGAUUAAAUCAUCGCCCACAAAACCAAGCUUCCAAUCUCGACCAGGUUUGAAGUGUGUUCUGAAGUGGUUCUGCCUCGUGAAAGGGAAAGUGCUUACGAUAAGCAAAAGAAGCCUUGGGCUGUGUUAUCGCGUAGGCCCCAAAUGUGGCGCUGUGAACGGUCGCUACCGCCAUGAGUGUCCGGGAUAUCAGUGGGACAGUGUUCAGCAAUCGGAUGGCACUGCACGAACGGCACCGGCCGCAUCAUAAUCUUCCGCGCGUCCGCGAAUCAACUCAAGUCGGUAGUUCCGCCCAAGACGCAGUGCCAAGAAUGUCACCUCCGAGCCCAUCCACAACAAUGGGCCUAAGCAAUGUAGGAGGUGAUGCUACCGGGCCGGUUGGUGGGGUAGUGAUGCGUAAUCGGGUGAUCGAUCUGGACAAGAAUCGCAUCAAGUGUAACCGGAACCGGAUCUGGUCACGGCCGUCUAGCUUUUUGAGCUUUUUCAAACAGUCUCUCGGUUCUGCGACAAAUGGCAGCAGAGGAGGAGGAGAAGCAGGAGCCUCUUUAAAUUACAAUGAAAAUGUCAACAGACCACCCGGGAGCAGUGUGCCACCCUCGAACAGCAGCAUUCCACAGACUCCGAGUGAAGAAUCUCCCGUUGAUAGUGUCGAUUCGAAGGCUCCUCCAGCCACUGGUGCUCAGCGCCUAGAUCUAAACAUGAUCCGCAAACUGGAAGAAGAGAUUUACAAGCGGGGCCGUGAGCAGCGGCCGGAUGCGGAAGCGAAAGAUUUCCACGAGUUCUACUUCAACAGUCGGCGACAUUCGGGUGGCGAGCGGAAGACAUUCACCAGCGACACGUCCGCCUUCAACGGUGACAAUCACCGGGCGGUGCUGCUGGUCGAUCCGAACGCGCUCGAGCCGAUAUUGCUCAAGCGCCCACUCAGCACGGACGAGACGCGGCUCGUGAUGAUGAUGAGUGAUGGUGCCGGUGCGACAACCGGCGAUAAACCGGCACAAAACCCCGGGCCGGCAUUGCAUCAUCCAGCGGGGAGCGGUGGCGGAGGCAACAAAUCGAUCAUCAUCGUCGAUAACUCCGAGUACUACCCGGUGCUGAUGCGGUACGACAUCAACGCGGACGAGAUCGACCGGCAGCAGCAACAGCAGCAGCAGUACCGUCGCAAUCGGGCGGAGAUGCUUAAAAUAGACACUACCACAGGGGCGUGCUGCACAUCGUCCGCACCCACCGGUCGGCCGGUUGCGCCAAUCAACCUCUGUCGUCCGCCGUCUGGGCCGGACAGCGUAACGACAACGUCACCGUCCGCCGGGGGUUUCCCGAUGAAAAGUGACGAAAAGUUGUCAUCGUUUGCGUCCUCCUCGCUGUCUUCCUCGUUAAGUGGAGCAACCUCAUCGAGUGUAGAGCAUCCAUCGCCCCAGUCUUCCCUCGAGCUGCACGGACUGGCAGCUCCAAAGCAUCGUCCCCCACUGAUGGUACCGUCCGCCCAGCCAGUAUCCGCAACGGGGGGUAGUGGAGGCCGCGGCAGCAAGAAACAGCUGCAACAGCGGACGGCGAAUCUGUUCCAACGGUUUCUGCAGCAUCGCCGCAGUCUUAACCUUUCCGUGCGCCGUAAACGAUGCCGACCUACGCACGAGUGUGCACACUUCAAGAACACGGAAGUCGCGCUUGGCCGAGCGCACUGGGCAGAUGUCAUCCUCGGGGGCAGUGGCAGCGGUAGCAGCAGCAGUGCAGUGUACGGUGGCCACCAUUCGCGCUCCUCCGGUAACAAGGUGAAAUUUGAGUAUCUGAAGCGAAUGGCACGGUACGACUGUGAGGCUGGAAUGACAAAUGGUAGUUGCUACGCUGCCCGCAGGGUAAGACCCAACGGAAGCCAGAUGCGUCGCCGUGCCGCUAGUGAGCCCGAUCUGGUGUCGCGCACGAACUGGAAGAGCGAUGGCUUUGUGCAGCAUCUACAGCAUCAGCACCGUACGCUCUACUGGAGUACGGGGGAUUUGGGCAGCCUCGGACGACUGAUGGAGCACGGGAAGAACUUUGAAAACAUCUUCGACAGUACUAGCGACAAUCUGUCCGCACGGUUGUCCGCUGCUGUGACGUCCAGCUCAAGUUCUUCCUCGGUGCCACUGUCGGGUUCUGGUUCGUUAUCAUCCUCCACGACCGCUUCUUCGAUGGGAAGUACCUCUAGUCAGCGUAUGCUCCAACGUCGGUUAGCGAGUGCUCUGCUGAAGUCAUCGAGGGAGCAUCAUCACCACAACAGCAAACCUCCACUGUCGUGCCCUUCUGUAGGGAAUUCCGGCUCAUCGAACUCAUCUUCCUCGUUGGUGGUCAACACUUCCGGCCAGUCCAGCAGUGGCAACAUUCUGCGCAAAAAGUCCUCCUCCUUCCGGGGCGUACUGCGCCGCUCCAACACGCCGGACGUCGUCAAUACUUGGGUAUAUCGCAAAAGCUACGAUGGCUCAGGAAACGGUCUAGGAGAGCCCCCGUACCACCGGGGGCACGGUAGUCCACACGCCUCGCCAUCGCGGUACUCCUACAACAACACUGCCAAAAGCCCGCUGCAGCAUUGGCGUACGUCUAGCGCCGGUGCGUCCGACUUCAAACGCAACUCACGUCUCCGCAGUUCGGCGAACGCCGCCGUGCCGGGUGCGACCGGGCAUCAUCAUCAUCACAACAUGGUCGAUCUGAAUGUGCCGCGUGGCCACUCGCCACACUUCAGCCCGUCCCGACAAACGACACAAACCGGCGACACGCAAACGCUGCACGUCUACCUGCCCAACCAUGGCUUCCGGAUGAUCCGCUUCGACGAGGCGUCGGACGUGCGGCAGAUCAUCAACCUGAUCGUCGGCUGGAUGUCGCCGGGCCAGAAGCCCAACCCGCAAAGCUACGCGCUUCGGCUGCGCCACAUGCUUACCAAAGAGGUCCUGUGGAUGCCACCGGACACGUCGAUGUCGCAGGUGAUGGCCCACAUCUACAACCCGUCCUGCAGCAAUGCGGACUGCCCGAACGUGGACAAGAGCACGAUCGCGAAGCGCAUGCAGCAGAAGACGAGCGGCGCGAUCGGGCACGCGAACAGCGUGUGGAAGGCGGAGCUGCGCGUCCGCUACAUCCCGAAGAACCUGAAGGAGCUGUACGAGCGGGACCGCACCACCUGCCACUUCUACUUCGACCAGGUCAAGCAGGACUACAUCCAGUCGAACGUGCCGCACAUCGAUCCGGAGAUCGCGGUCCAGCUGUGCUGCCUCGGCAUCCGCCACUACUACAAAGACACUAACCAUACCUCGAACGACCGGAAGCAGCAUCUCGACUACAUCGAGAAGGAGAUGGGCUUCGGCAACUUCAUACCGAAAUCUGUGAUAGAUACCAUUAAACAGAAGAAUCUGAAGAAGCAAAUCCAGGCGGGCUACAAGAAGGUGUACAGCUACAGCGAGAUGGAGUACAUGCUCAAGUUUUUCGAUCUCCUCCGCACGCAGUACACGUUCGACCAGGAGCAGUUCAACGUGCAGCUGAGCAGCAGCUGGAACAUCCGCGUCGAUCUCAUCAUCGGGCCACACGUGGGGCUGUCGUACUCGGUGAACCCGCAGGCGCCCCCAACCAAGGUGACGGACUUCGAGAGCAUCGAGCGCAUCACGACCAGUAUUCUGCCGACGUCGCUGACGAAAAGUGACCACCAGGGUGGUCGCGGUGCGAAGGGCAAGGAUCAGCCUGAUCUGACGAGCUCGUGCGGUAGCAAUGCGGCCGCCGGCGAUGGUGCCGGUGACAAGGGCAAGAAGGAUGGCAAGAAGGGCGCGUCCGCGGGCGCCACCGGCAGCCAGUGCGCGUGUGGCGAGAUCAAGACGCAGCUGCGCAUACGCGUGAGCGGCAACAGCGAGGAUCUGGCAAUCACGUGCGAUGGCAUCAAGACGUCCGAAAGCAUAGCCGAUCUAGUCGAUGGUUACUGUAGAUUAUUUAACAAAAACGAUAACAGCCUGUGGGAUCGUACCGUCAUACCAAAGGGAGGUGGUGGUGCUGCAGCCACGCCACCGGCCGGCAACAGUGCGACCAACUCGCUGGAAAAGAGUCAGCUGAAGAAAAGCCUAACCGAGUCGCAGACGUCCUCGACGGACCGGCACGGUUCGCGCUCGUCCAGCGCGGAUCGGCUGAACGGUGGCAGUGGGGGCGAGCUGGCCGAACCGCCGCAACCGACGCUCAACGAGGACUACGCGGAGCUGGGAAUGUGCGACGAGGAGGGCGACUACUCUACACCGGCUGCGCGGGACUAUGAGCUCGAUCGGUCGCAGAUCACGCUGAACGAGAUUAUCGGGGUGGGUCAGUUUGGGGAUGUGCACAUUGGGUCGUGUCGGCUGCCGAACAAGUCCACGCUGGUGAGCAAGCUGAACCAGUCGCUCACGUCCGAGUUUGACGAGUACUCGCAGAUGGACAACGGUAAUGCCGAUGCGCAGAAGACGGGCAUCAUCCAGGUGGCGGUGAAGACGUGCAAACCGGACGCGGACACUACGACGUCGGAGAAGUUCCUGCAAGAAGCAUACAUUAUGAAGAAGUUCGAGCAUCCCCACAUCAUCAAACUGAUCGGCAUAUCCAGCGGUCCGCCGAUUUGGAUCGUUAUGGAGUUGGCCCGCCACGGGGAGCUGCGAGCGUACUUGAAGAAGAACGGUCCCAAGCUUAAGCUGGGAACGCUUCUGCUGUACUCGUACCAACUGUCAACGGCGCUGAGCUAUCUGGAGUCGAAGAAGUUCGUUCACCGCGAUAUUGCCGCCCGCAACGUUCUGGUCAGCUCCCCGACUUGUAUAAAGCUUGCCGAUUUUGGACUCUCAAGAUGGGUUGAAGAUCAAUCGUACUACACUUCCACCAAAGGUAUGCUUCCGAUCAAGUGGAUGGCACCGGAAUCGAUCAACUUCCGCCGCUUUACAACCGCUAGCGACGUGUGGAUGUUUGGCGUCUGCACGUGGGAGAUACUCAUGCUUGGCAUCAAACCAUUCCAAGGCGUUAAGAAUUGUGAUGUUAUCGGUAAGCUGGAGAACGGCGAGCGUCUGCCGCUGCCGCCGAACUGUCCGCCGCGGCUGUACUCGCUGAUGUCACAGUGCUGGUCGCUGGAACCGCUCAAGAGGCCCAACUUUAAGAGCGUCAAAGAAACACUCUAUGAAAUUCUGAUGGAGGAACGGCACAGCGAUUGUGAGACGAUGCGCCGGGAGAAUCGACGUGUGGCGGCAAUGUCCUGGGGUGCUGGAGACGAUAUGGCACCACCGAAGCCUGCCCGAGGACCUACAAUGGGAGGAGAUGGUCCCCUCGUGCCGGGCGCACCCCAAACGUACAUCGUCGCCCGCGACCCGACCGUGCUGGCGGCGCUGAUGCGCGAGAACGAGCAGCGGGGCAUCAACCCGUCGUCCUACACGACACCGGCCUCGGUAUUUAACACACUAGCCGUAGACUUAGACCCUAACGCACCACCAAACAAUACUGAUAACCAAAUUGCCAAAGAGAUCGCUGUCGCUAACCUACCGUUGAAAACCGUUCCCCUACCCGUGACCGAACUGCACAAGCUCGAUCCUACCAUCGACGAGGCAGCUUCUGCCGCCGCCGCCGCCACGGCUGCCUCCGCUGCUGCUACUGAUGGGGCAACGGAAUCGAUGCCACCACAGCAGCAGCAGCAGCAGCAGCACGAAGAAUGCAACCAAAACCCGUAUGGUGGCAGCGGUAGUGGGCAGCCUCUCCUUUCUGCCGCCGAUGGUGGUGGUGGUGGUGGUAGCACCAUCGAGAUGCUACAACCAAAGAACACAGACACGCUGGAACGCUAUAAAAACCCGCAAGAUAUUCUUGUCCUGUCCGCAAAUAACAACAUCAUUCAUUCCAUGUCGCAAAGCUCAUCGUUCGCCCAUGCCCAGCUCCCCCCUCACUCCGGUUCCCAAAUGCUUUCCUCUGUCCCGUCUUCUUCCUCCUCCACCCAUGCAAACCCACCCGCCGGUUCCAUUCAUCAGGCGCAUCAAGCGGCGGGUGCAUCCGGGGUCGGGUACCCUGUGCCGUGCGAAAUCAUCAACGCCCUUACCCAGCAGACCCACUCGAUCGAACCGACCUACAAAGCCAUCCAGCAAAGCAAAGCGACCGGCGGUGGUGCUGGUGGCAUGCAGGCAAACCUAAACCCCCAACUGAUGAACAAUAAUUUCAUGCAUUCGAACGCUCAACAGCAGCAACAGCAGCACCAAACGCAGCAACCGUACUACCCGCAGGGCAACUCGAUCGUCACCUACCAGCAGUACCAUGCGCAGCACCAGCAGGCCCUUGCCGCUGAGUACUAUCAGCAUCAGCAGCAUCAGCAGCAGCAGCAGCAACAGUACGUGAUGCAGCAAGCCCAACCGCAACAGGUCGGGCCCAACUACAUGCCGUACGGUGCGGCACCGGUGCAAACUGUCCAACCGGCUGCCGGCGCACAGUAUCAGCCAGCGGCCGCGUACGUUAAAUCACCCCAGCAGGAAGAUCAACCCGGCGGUACGAAGACGCGCAGUCUGGAGCGAAACGCCGCCGGUCAGAACAUUGUGUCGGCGUACGCCGCCCGCAUCAACUCGCUGGAACGGACGCGCCAGAUGAGCAUGGAGUACGGGAACUCGGUGAAGGCGAUGCGCUCCAACUCGCUCACCCGCCAGUACAGUGGUGGAAACCAGUCCGAUCUGUACCCGGGCGUCGGGCAUGGCGUACGCUCCGCAAGCUUGGAGCGCGGUGCCCAGAUGGCAACGGCGGGCACCGUCGGUGGCAACAACGGGGCCGGCUACAUGAGCCGGAUGGGCAGUCUGGAGCGCAACCAGCAGACCGCAUCCCAGUCGAUCUUCCUCAACUCGAUGAAGGGUGGCAGCCUGGAGCGCAAUCAGUCGGCCGCCAUCGUGAACGAUAUGAUGAACAGCAAGAUCGCGUACAAGGGUGGCAGCCUGGAGCGCAACCAGCACAUCCUGCUGACCCGCUCCGGGUCGGCGGUGGGCAGCUUGGAGCGCAAUAUGCCGUUCCAGAACUAUCGCAGCCCGGUGGCGGCCGCCCCCAAGGAGCAGGAACCGUUCCAGGAGGAGAUUUACGACUUUGGGGGCGUGAAUGUGAAGUCUUGCGCGUCGAUUGCGCUGAAAAAGAGCGUUGAGAAGGGUAUGCUACCGCCGAGCUCGUUGGCCGUUUCGCCUGGGUUGCCUCCCAGCAGUGGGGGCGCUAACUUUGCCCUUCCGCCACCGUACAGUUCGGCCAGCAAGCAGCAACAGGCGGCUGCGAGUCAGCAGCAGGGCACCCCGCAGCGUGCCAUGUGGGGCGGAACGGCCGGUGGCAAUAUUGGCAUGCAUCAGCAAAUGUACAUGCAGCAGCAGCAGCAGCAGCAAGGCUCGGUACAGCCGGCAGGACCGAUUAUUGGCAUUGCCUCGUCGCAGCAGGUGCAGAUUCCGAUGAAGAUUUCCCACAGCCAACCGGUACAGGCACAUCCAGUGCAACCGGUACAGCAGCUAGCGACCUCGGUCGCUCAACCCGUGCAGCACAUUCAGCAGCAGCAGCAGCAACAACAACAGCAACAAAUGAUCGAUCAACAACAGCAGCAACAACCAGCACAGUUGCAGGAAACACAGCAACAGCUGGAGGAGAAGCUGCGCAAACAGCAGCAGGAGAGUGAAAUCGAUUCCAAAUGGCUACAGCAGGAGGAGAAUAAUCUCAAGAAACGGCUCAGCUUGAUUACGGCCAACGCGGCCAGCAUGUCGCUUGACCAGCCGCUGGGGGGCGGUGCACCGAUGGAGGGCAGCACGCCGCCUGUAAACGGCGGUGGUUCGUCCCUGUCCGGCAGCUACCAUUCGCAGCAGAGUCCACACUUUUCGCCCCAAAACACCAUGUCCGGACCGCAGAGUUUGGGUGAUCACUAUCCUACCACACCGAACACGAGCGAUUCGAGGCCUCACACACCAGGAUCGGGCGGUGGUGGCGGUGGCGGCGGUAUGAUCAAAUCGAAGAGCUCCUCGAUGGAACGCUGCACGACGCCACAGUCGGGCGACGAGAAGUUUGCGGUGAAGAAGGUGGAACCAACCAAAACGAUGCCGCUCGAUCGGACGAACGAUAUGGUGUACAACGCCACGACCAGUGUGGUGAAGUCGAUCAUGGCCCUCAGCCAGGGUGUGGAUCGAGCACAGGCGGCCGAAUAUUUGAAUCUGGUGCGAAACGUUGGCUUUGAGCUGCGCGCCCUGCUCGGUGCGGUCGAUCAGCUGUCGGCCAACUUUCCUCCACAGCGCUACAAGGAAGUAGAGAUGGCACACAAAGUAUUAUCCAAAGACAUGUAUGAACUAGUUACGGCCAUGCGGCUGGCACAGCAGUAUAGCGAAACGACACUGGAUGCCGAGUAUCGAAAAAGCAUGCUGUCGGCGGCUCACGUACUUGCAAUGGAUGCCAAAAACCUGCUCGACGUCGUCGAUUCCAUUCGCGUGCGCUACCCGAACCUCUUCCCACAGCAGCAGCAGCAACCGCAACAACCGAGCGCACCGUCGAGCCCAACGCAACGGCAACAUGGUGCCGCCAAUUCAGUCACAUCCGCAGUCCAUCCGUCCAACACACCCCAAAUGUUUGCCCAGCAGCAGCAGCAGCAGCAGCAUUCCUUCGAUCAGUCGCAACUGCUCAUGAUGGGCGAUUGCUACCAGAAUCUGCAACCAAAGCAACCGAUACUGGCGCACAGCUCGCCACCGACGUCGCUCACACAUUCCUAUGAACCAGGAGGCCUCUCCUCCUACCAGCAGAGCGGUAUCUACGACAAUGAGUGUAUCAUCAGCAGCCAGCAGCAGCACCAGUCCGCCGAGGUUGCUGGCAAGCUAAAGAAACCGGCCAUUGCCGCGAAACCGCCCUCGGUUGUGGCGAUGGCCUCGGUCAAGCUGAAACCCGUCGCUACGGGCUCGCUAGACGUACCGGACACAGCCGGAGGGGAGCUGUACUCCAACGCACCGCACGCGACGUCCCCCGGCCCGAACGGUGCCAACGCGGACAUUAAGCUGCCCGAUCCCGUCUCGUGCACUAUCGUGCAGGAAAAUUUGCUUGCCGCCAACAAUCAGAAGGUCAUGGCCACGAACAAGCUCAGCGGUUAGGGUGGUUACAAAAAAUGCGAUCGUUGGUUUGAGAUUGCUUCAUGCUCAUCAUACUCAUUUAUUUUCCCCAAUUCUGAUGUUGUGCGUGCUUUUUGCGAGGUGUCUUCUUCUUUUUUUAGAAAAGAAAAAUAGUGAAAUAAUGAAACAGUACGUGAACACGCAGGCUGAAAUGGCAUAUAGGGCUACGGUAGAGGAGAAAUGCUCGCUAAUAUAACCACUCUUCAGUACAGUACUUGAAAUCGAAUCGAACUGCUUGGUAAGGUGAUAGCUUCUUACCGUAAAAUAAGCGUAGGAUGGAUCUAGAAACGUAGAAGCAAACAGUUAUCGCAUACAAAGCUGAAAUUUCCGGAAAUGAUGCAAUUUUGAAGAGAAACAGAAAGGUAGGAAGAGUCAUUUGCACACCUGCCGGGGUGCGUGUACGCUAGAUAUGCUAGAAUUAAAAGCAUAAUUUUAUUGUAUUAUUUCGGAAAAGCGCUGCAUAAUUCUGUUGGUGUACGCCUUUUCCACGCGGAGGUGCAGUAUGAGGCAAACCAAUAUGAUGACCAUGAUAAUAAUGACACGCAAGGAGAUAUCAUCGUUUGUGAAUGGAAGGGAUUUUUUUACAAUAAAAAAGAGAACAAUUAUGGAUAGACGUGAAACUUAAAAGCACCUGUGAGCGUGGAGACGUUUGUUGAAGGAGUAUGGAAAGAUUGGGCCCUUGACCUUUGUAAAAAAAAUAAGCUGCGGGGAAUUGAGAUGUAUUUAACAAACCUUUCAAACAUAUUUAAUUGCAUUAACCAAGCUACCUACAACUGAAUAGUGCUUUGAUGGGUCAUUUGUUCUUUUGCAUUAGUGCUUUCUUUUCGACCUUCUAUGCAACAACGCAACGCACAAGAUAGAAAAGAAACGAAACUUUACCCCCGAAAAUGGACCAUUUUUUGCUAGGAAUUGUUUGCCUAAAGAACUAACCAACCAACCAACCACCACUACUAAUACUACUACUACUACUACCACCACAGCAAAGACUUACAUUACAAUCAAUAAUAACACUACAGAGUGCGCUUAGGUGCGUACGCUAGGGAAGGUAGAUACGUUUUUUAAACUUAACUCUUUUCCUACCACCUCUUAGAGUGUGUUUGAGAUGCUUUGUAUUUCGGUAUGUUUUUACGUUCGUAGUGAAAUUCGUUCGUUGAUCACCGAUGUGUGUGUUUUUCGAACGACUAAACAGUGCAUUUCCAUUGUAAGAUUUUUAGACUUUUUAUACAGUGUAAGUAGAUGCGGGCGGUAGGAAAAAUAGAUAUCGCAUAGGAAAUGGUUUUUGCUUUACUUUUGUGUGGUGUUAUCCAACACUUAUCUUAGCUUUGCUUUUCGAUCUUUCCAAGUAGUUUCAACGAUUAAUAGCUCUCGUGUUAACAACUUUCUCGUUUUAUGUAUUUGUUUUUUUUUGUUUUUUCUUUCUGUAGUUAAAUAUUGCUUUAAUGCUCAGUCUAAUUAACACCUAUUUAUAUAUCCAUAUCGAAAUAACACUCCAAAUAAACCACGUACGUACGGGA